UUUCAAAAUAUUUACAUUUUAGAAACAGCCAAUAUUACAGUAAAGGAUAAAUUUUAUCAUUCCAAAGAAGCGGACGCCAUGAUAUCACAGCAACAAAAUUGGCUAAGAAUGUGGCAACAUUCGGUGAGAAUGAAGCGCAGUUGUUAUUGUAAGGCUACGGAUGAAUCGAAGAGCAGAGGGAACACUCAUUUUGCGACCAAGCUGCAGCAGGCUGAGUCAAUUAUUAAGCGUGCCAACAGUUUGUACGGGCCGGAGGAGCUGAUGUUGUGCUUCAAUGGCGGCAAGGACUGCACGGUACUGCUGGAUGUGCUGACAAAGCAUCGUGAUGCUUUGAAGCCCCUGCGCGCCGUAUGCUUCAAAUCCUUUGAUCCCUUCGAGGAGGUGGAGCAGUUCAUAGACAUAUGCACGCAGCGUUAUUCUAUGGAUCUGCGGCGCUAUGAUGGCGUACUGAAGCUGGCCAUUGAGCAGGCGCUGGCCGAGCAGCCGCAGGUGCGUGCCGUCUUCCUGGGCUGCCGACGCAGCGAUCCCGGCUGCGCAGAGCUGUCGGAGUUGACGCCCUGCGACAGAGAUUGGCCGCCGCUGAUGCGAAUCUUUCCAUUGCUGGAGUGGAGCUAUCAUGAUAUUUGGGAUUAUCUGCGUAGCCAACAGUUGCCCUAUUGCAGUCUCUAUGAUCAGGGCUACACAUCGCUCGGGGAACGAAGCAACACACGAACGAAUCCCAGCCUGCUGGUCUAUGAUAAGCAAUUGGGUAAGCUGAUCUAUCGGCCGGCCUAUGAGCUAAGCAAUGAUAAACUGGAGCGUGCCAAUCGCGAGGAUUCGCAAAUACUCCAAUUGCAGCAGCACAAUACCUAAAUAAAAUUACA